AUGCAGACCUUCAUUGUGAAGUGGCUCCCUCUCGUUGCAGGCGACUUGUUCAGUUACGGGGAGACGACUGUCACCUACGUCGCCUACGACGCCGCCAACAACACAGCUAUAUGCACCUUCACCGUCUACGUGCUGCGUUUCUACUGCGAGAAAGUGGCGGCACCCAAGUACGGCCUCGCCGCCUUCAGCGAGUGGGACUACGGUCGCUUCGCCGUCAUCACCUGCCUUGACCCGAUGAACUACGCGUUCCCGAGCCUGCCUCCGCCAUUCUACGCGUGCGGACGCGAGGGCAGCUGGGACCCACAGCAUCCCAACGAUCCGUUCACGUUCCCCGCAUGCUCGCGUGAGUAA